CAGUCAGUGUGGGUUAAGACUUGAGAGUAGUUGGAGGUGACUUUGGGCUCAUAUCUGUGCCCCAAUAACUAUGUCACACACCCCUUCUUGAGGUCACUUGUCACCAUGUUUGAAGGCAUCGUAUCUGAGGUGCUGAACAGGGCAUUAGGGCAAUAUAUCGAGAAUUUGGAUGCGUCUAAACUGAAGUUCAGUAUUUGGAGAGGGGAUGUGGCACUCAAGGACCUGGAGGUGAAGCAGAGCGCCCUCGAUGAGCUCAACCUGCCUGUACGACCUGUGUUUGGCCACAUCGGAUGUUUAACCUUGAAGAUCCCUUGGUCCAACUUGUACCAGGCACAAUGGGUGGCUGUGGUGGAGAGGGUGAUGGUAGUUGUGGUGCCCAACACAUCCAUCAAGUACGACCCCAAGGGGGAAGAAAAGCUACUGCACGAGACAAAGAUGGCCGCCCUACAGAGAGCUGAGGAUGCUAAGAUCAAGCUUCAGGAAAUUGAGAAAGGCACCAAAACCAAAUCCCAAGACAGCUUUCAGGAGAAGCUUAUUGCCCAAGUCAUCCGCAACAUCCAAGUCACCAUCCAGGACAUCCACAUUAGGUAUGAGGACUCUGUAAGCUGCCCCAACUCACCAUUUGCCGUGGGAGUGACCCUACAUGACCUAUCCAUGAAGAGCACAGAUUCUAGCUGGAAACCUUGCUUAGAUACAGAUAAACUGAUCUAUAAGCUGAACAGUUUGGAUGGUCUGGGCAUCUACUGGAACCCCAACGCUGAGCUGCUGUCGGAGAUGAACCAGCCCAAGGAGAAGAUGAUUCAGUGCCUUACUGAUCUUAUAGCUUACCAGGACCACCUACCUCAGACCAUGAAAUACAUUAUUGGACCAAUAUGCUCGACAUCUAAGCUUCAGAUAGACUCCAAACCUGAGGACGACGACCCAAGCUUCUCCAUUCCUGUGUUUAAUCUUGAUUUUGUCAUGGAUGAGCUGGCUAUAGGACUGAGCCGUCACCAGUACUCGAAUAUCAUGGCGCUGCUCGACUCAUUCGAUAGACUGAAAAUAUCCUCCAAGUACCGUAAGUACCGACCAGCCAUCAGCGGGAUCAAGGGACACGCUCGGGAAUGGUGGCUUUAUGCCUACAACUGUAAACUGGAGAACAUCCGACGUGUACACCACAAUUGGUCUUGGAAACACAUCAAGGAGCACCGAGGUAUGUGUCACAGGUACAAGGCUGCCUACAAGGCCAAACUGGAGAACAAGAGACUUACAACAGCUCAGGUUCAAGAUAUUAAAGAGAGUGAAUAUUCCCUGGACGUGUUCAACUUAACACUUGUGAGGCGGCAAGCAGAGAUGGAGGUGGAGCGCGAGGGAGAGCUACAGAGGCAAGAGAAACAAAAGAGGGGCUGGUUUAGUGGCUGGUUCUUCGGGAGCGCAGAGAAGGAGAGUGAAGAUACUGCCAAGGACGAAGAUAAUCUGGUAAAGAAACUUAAAGCUGAGAUAAACGAUGAAGAAAAACAGAAAUUGUUCGAAGCCAUUGGUUACUCAGAGAGUGGUCCGCCUCCUGACUUUCCUCCGGAGUUUGUGAAUUUACGUUUGCACUUCCUGUUAAAGCAGCUUGUGUUGACCGUCACGGACGAGGACGCUCAUGAAGCAAUUGUUACUAGGGUGAAACUAGAACAAGUGGCAUCUGUUGUUCAGAAUAGAUCUGGUGCCGAUGCCUUGAGAGUUGAAGCAAGUGUACGAGAGUUUGUUGUCGAGGGUUAUUGUGUGGACGGCUCACCACCCAGGCUGGUGACGUCACAAAACAUUGCCGUCGACUCUCCACUGUUGGAUGUCACCUUUGAAACUAAUCCACUUGAUGGUUUGUGUGACCAGCGGGUGCAGGUGUCGUCAGAGCCGGUACAUGUAGUGUAUGACGCUGCCACCAUUAACCAGCUAGCUGAUGUCUUCGCUCCACCUAAGAAUGUUUCCCUUCAGCAGCUACAGGCUGCAGCACUGAGCCAGUUGGAGGUGGUGAAGGAGAGGAGUGUCACUGGCUUACAGUCUGCUAUUGACAACCACAGCGUCCUGGACCUCAACAUUGCAUUUGCUGCUUCCCACAUCAUCAUUCCAGAGAGAGGAUCAUACUCCAGAGGUUGUUCAGCCCUGGUUGUGACUCUAGGUAGCAUGAAGAUGAAGAGUGUGCCCCGACCCAAAGCCGUCCCAGCAGUGGCCGACCUAGUGUCUCUGGGCCACAGUCAGGAGGAGGUCAUGGAGACUGUCCGGUCUUAUUCUUAUGACCACUUUACUAUUGAGCUGAUCGACAUCCAGGCGAUCGUGUCUCUGUGCGAUGAAGAUUGGAAGUCGACUCUGUGCUGCCACGAGGCCACACCACUCCACCUCCUGCAGCCCACCACCCUCCGUGUUGACUUCUACAAGUGCCUUCUCACCAACGACCCCAACCUGCCUAAAGUGAAGAUCAAUGUGACCUUAAACGAUGUGGCACUCUCUGUUGUGGAUCAGAGGUUGCUCCAGCUGGCCUACAUUGCUCACAGUAUUCCUCUGGUGCAGAAGAAAGAGGAAGAAGAACCUGUGUCUACCUUCGAUCAGGAUAUAGACGUCAAUAUGAAUGUGAUCACGGAGGAUGUGGCGCUGGCCCGGCUGGAACGUGCGGAACUCAACCCCUGCGGUGAACAGCAGGAGACACCUCAGUUCACCCAGCUGGCUCUUGCCUUCACCGUCAAUGAGAUAAGUAUAGAGCUAAAGAAGGCCUCUGGCACCCAGUCCCAGCCACUGAUGAAAGUUGCUGCGCUCUCGGCCAGUGUGGAGUUGACGCAGCGCACAUUUGACUUGAAUAUGUCAGUUAUCCUUGGUGGGGUGUUGGUUGAUCACCUGGAGGGAGGAGAGCGGCGGUUGUUGAGUACACCGCUGGCUGAAGGCAGCAGUGAGGCUCUUCUCGUCAUGAAGUUCACUCAGGUGGACCCCAAGAGCCCAGACUUCCAGAGUAAACACAACUCAACGUCCCAGCUACUGCGUGUUGAUGUCAGCAACAUGAAAGCCCAGCUGGAACAGUCGGCAAUCCUCAGCAUACUGGCUUUUGUGGAACAACUCGACUAUAAACUGAGCCAGCUGACACCAACACCCGCUGAGCCGGCCAGAGAAGCAACAACCACCCCACAGCAACCUCCCGAGAACCUGCCAGCUGAACCAUCAGACAAGAUCAAAACAAAAGCCUUGGUCCGCCAGAAGAAACACACGUCAGAUGUGAUUACUCUGAAGAUCGUUGCCAAGUUGGGUCAAGUGAGUGUGAUCAUUGGCCUGCGGUCACGAGAGGUUGCCCAAGUGGAUGUAGCAGGUUUGAUUGUAAAUGUUCUGAUGAGAGGAAAGGACAUUACCAUCACUUCUCAACUCAAAGAUUUUACUGUCAUAGAUCCAGCCCGUGCUGCUCUCCACCCUAAGAUAGCCCAGGAGGAAGCAUUUUCAUGGAAAAUAGUGGAGGUGGUCGGGACAGAGGCUUGGGACGCCAAGGUGUCUCUCUAUGGUGAAGCAACAGACGGGGCUCAGUACCUCAACAUGCAGUGUGUGGACACCAGCAUCACUCUCACAUUUGGAUGUGCUCGCAUUGUCUUCUUGAAUAAGUUUAUUGCAGAUGUGUUGGGUUGGGUCGACAAGUUCCAGUCAGCAAAGGAAGCUUUGGCCUCGGCUAGUGUGGCAGCAGCAGCAGCUGCUCAGGCAACACUUCAGGAAGCCUACAAAGAGUGUUCUCGUAUCAGCCUCUCUCUCACUCUUAGGGCACCAUUGAUCUUAGUUCCCCAAGACUCCAAGAGUCUGUCUGGCCUGAUGAUUGAUCUUGGUCAGAUCUCCAUCAACAACAAGUUUGAAUUGGGUCAGGAGCGUAAUGAGCUGGGCUACCCAGCUAUAUAUGACAUGAUCGACCUCAAGCUUCACAAUGUAAAGUUAUCCAGGGUGGAGCUGUCGGUCACGGGGUCACUGGAACGAGAGUAUGAGCUGCUGCAGCCCAUCUCCCUCACCAUCCUCAUAUGCCGGAACUUGACCAUCUCCUGGCACAAGCAGCGACCAGAGAUAGAUAUUCAGGCUAAGGUCGCACCCAUUAAGGUGUGUUUAAGUGAGGAAGACCUGCUGGUGACACUGACAGUACUUCAAGACAAUCUGGGGGAGGAGAGCAUAGCCAUCUCCACAGAAGACGUUCCUACAGCUGAAAUUACUGAAAUUACAAGGAUCACUAAGAAAGAGGCGACAGAGAGUGAAAAAGACAUAGAGCGGGUGCUGGCACAACAUGGACACAUCUUCACCAAGAUCAAGUUCUCGUUCACUAUGGAGGUGGUGACCCUGGCACUGCUGACUGGUGGUAGUGAUGCUCAGAAUGCACCAUCCAUGCCAAGUGAUACAAGUAACGUUAGUGGUUUACUACAAGUGAGUGACACUGCCUCUGGUGAACUACCUCAUUCAUCACACACCAACGUUAAUGCUGCAUCAAGUUUUCCGAGAGUCACACUUGGAGAAACAAGUAAAUCUCAGUUUUCACCUUCGCAUGUGUUUUCCCUGUCAUCGGCUGAAGGUUCUGAAGUUCAUCGAGUAUCUUCUGGCAGUAAAAUAAUGAACCCAAGAGAAGCGCUGGCAGAGGUCAGCCUACAGUUAGUGAGGAUCAAGGGGGACAUGAUGUCUGAUGGGUCGCUGGCUGCCAAUCUCGUCCUCUUUGACUGUAUACUACAGGACACACGACCAGGUCAGGAAGGGUUCAUCACCAGGAUGAUGGAGAGGAGGAAGAGGAGUGGUGAGCGUGGCAUGAUAGAUCUCACUUAUCAUCAGGAACCCACCAAGGACAUAUUUGUGGACUUGCGCAUCUCUGGGUUUGUGCUGGUGCUGCACCUGCCCUACUUGUUGAGGAUCCAGCGCUUCUUUAUGGACAACAUGCCUCAGCGGCCUGAGGCACCAUCUCCACAACCUGCUAAACCUAAAGACAUCGCCAAGACAAAGACUGACACCAAGAAUGAUGACGGCCAGCCAAGUAGCAUCAUGACUCUCCGUGUGAAGGUGGAGCAGCCCGACAUCGCACUGGUUGAUAACGUAUCCACCACUGAUACUUCCUGCAUUAUUCUUCAUGCGGAGGUGAACAGCGACAUCAAACAGACACCGAUGCACCAGCACAUCAACGCCAGCAUCACCAAUAUCCAGAUGUACACUUGUUGUUAUAACCCAGAGAAGAGACAUAAGACCCUCUCACAGAUCUUGAACCCGUGUGAGUUGUCUCUAAUGUGCAGUGUGACGCCCAGCCACGCCGAGCACGUCGACCUGAAGCUGAGUCAGGUGGAUCUACGUGUGUCUCCUGGGACCAUUGAAUUGUUGAGCAGCAUCCUGACAGUGUUGUCAACCUUGGAGACACCAUCAGAAGAUAUGAAAGAAGAUGUGCGUGACUGGACAGGAAUUUGGAAGCCGAAGCCCCUGAAUCAUGUCGAGUUUUCCUUCUUGGCUGUCGAGGAGGCAUUUGAGGCCUUCGCAGUAGAUGUCACGGAAGCCGUGUCACCAGUCAGUGGCAGCCUUGGUGGGGAGAUGGCCUUAGUGGCGAUGGAGUGCCUCUUGGUCACUCUUGAGGCUGGUUCACUCACCUCACCCAUUCCACUUAUCAAGCUUCAGGCCAGCAUCUCAGCAACUGCCACGGGCUUCCGUUCUCAGAGGGUCAACCUUAAUGGGCAACUGAGCACCGAGUUGGCAUACUACAACCCCAGACUGGCAGUGUGGGAGCCACUGUUGGAGCCCGUGGAGAUGCGAGGUAAAUAUGGUGCUCCUGAACACACACCCUGGACACUACAAUUUGAGGUGACCAAGGAACUGUCCGGGGGAACAUCACAAGCGUCUUCAACUGUUAGUCCCGUGGCUUCUCCAGAUGCUGACGAGGUUGAAGAAUUUGAAGAAUAUCCACUUCCAGACCCCCUGUGUACUGUGUCUGUUACCGCUAAGGAUUCACUUGAACUGACGGUGACCAGAACGUCAAUAGAAGUGUUUACGUCAGUGUCUGAAGCAUUCUCCGAGGCGUAUAAUAGGAGUGUGACAGGGGCCAAGGCGCCUCGUGCUCCAUACCGCAUUGUAAAUCGCACUGGGAUGCACAUCAGUGUGUCCGUCAUGCAGUCAGGUUUUCGGGUUGCAUCAGACGGCGGAGAAAAAGUGGAACAAGUGACGGUGGAGUCAGGGGCUCAAGUUGACCUGUUUGAAAUGAAACCACUGACACCCAAACACAAGAGAGUGAUGUCACUGGUGGCCGAGUGUCAGACCAUCCAGGACCGCAACAUUCUUCUUAAGAUCCCAAGUCUCGAAUGUUCGUGUUCCAUUCCCGUCGCUCGAGCCGACAAGAGGUUUUUUGAAGUGAAUCACAUGAAGGGCGGUGAGAAGUGGGGUCUUGUGGCCGGAAUAACGGUGGAGAAUGGCUGUAAGACCAUCACCCUCAGCUCCUGUGUACAGGUGACCAACCAUUUGGACGUGACGGUGGACGUUUACUACAUGACAGAACGAGGAAAUGAGGUGGAGUUUGUGUUGUCACUGGAGCAGGACGAGUGUGCUAUGUUGCCCCUACUUGCUGUCUACACCCCUACUGCUGAACUGUUCUUCUCUGUUAAAGGACAUUCGGUGUGCAUCGUACCAUUUGUGUGGCGUGUCCUCCAGAACAACCCCGGCCACGUACAAGAGCUGCAGUGUGUACCCAGAGAUGUUCAUGAGGUGCACGCCAUACCCUUCCUUAUUGCUGCAACAGGAGAUGUGGAACAAAUCUUGUGGGAGAACACGAGCCGCCGCACCAUGAAGAGUGCGCUGUACAAGGUUCACUUGCGGCCGCCUAUGGUGCUACACAACCUCCUGCCAGUGCCCAUCUCCCUGGACCCUCCCGGCACCAUCGUCUCUUGUGUCAUCAUGCCUGGCUCAUCCCUUCACCUCACCAAGGCUCGACUGGGCUCCAUGUAUCUGGAACUUAAGCUGCUGGACUAUCAGUCUCGGGACUGGGUCUGUGGUAAGUCCCUGGAGAUGAACCCCCCAGAGUUGAGUGUGUGGACAUUUGAGUCGCGGGGAGACAUCAUGGGUGGGCCCCUGCACCUCGACCUUGGUAUGCUGGUCGCUAAGUCUGGUGCGAGCUUCUCACUUAGUCUUUACUGCCCCUUCUGGAUGGUCAACAAGACGGGACUCAUGUUGACGUACAGGAAAUCUCGUAAAAUAGAGCGAACAUCAUCGACGUCUUCAACAGACUCUCCCAGUAGCCCACUCAAGGGAGACACACCCAACAACAUCGUGGUCCAUGAGGAAGACAGCUCGGAGGCCAUCCUUUUCUCCUUCAAAUCAAAGGCAUUUUUUGGCAAGAAGAAAGCCACAGUUAAGGUGAUGGACGGUGACUGGUCUGAAAAAUUCUCCCUGGACGUUGUGGGCAGUUCAGGAUCCGUCACUUGUAAGGCGCCCAACAGGAACUAUCAGCUAGGUGUGGACAUCAAGCUGGGAAGUUCUGGCUUGACCAAGAUUGUCAUUUUCUCGCCCUUCUACAAAAUUCUCAACAACGCUCCAAUUGACCUGGAAGUUAUUGAGGUCGGUGUUCCACAAGCUGAGUGGUUCACAGUCCUGUCUGGCGAGUGUAUUGGGUGGUGGCCAGUGGGUGAGGGCAGGAAAAUCCGAAUGCGUGUGAGAGGCACCAAGGAUGCCACAUCUGGGUUCCCAUACGACGGCCCUCUGAGCACACUCCUCUCACUGCCUAACAAAUAUGGAGGAAUCCUGGGAGAAGUGAGCAUCACAGAAGGUGGCAUAGUGAUCAAGCUGGACCAGAUAUUCCAAGGGGCAGCCACGGCUCUCAUCAUCAACCAGCUGACCAACACAACCAUCUCUUUCUGGCAGGACGAACACGAGAGUAACAAGAUGUCAUUAUCACCCCAGAGUACUCAGCUUUACACGUGGAAUGAGCCGGGAGGAUCGCUCAAGAUGUUCUGGGCCUGUGGGUCAGGGAAGGCGGUGUCCCACAUGCUGGAUCAGGAUGACCAAGGCAAGAUGGAGAACGACUCAAUCCACUGGGUGGUGUUCCUGAGCAACAACCAGCGCUGUCUUCUCUUCACUGAUGACAUAAGUAUUGCUAGCAGUGCCCUUAAUGCUGUGGAGCUGGAGCGCUGUGAUCAAGAUAUAAACUUAUCUCUCAGCAGCAUCGGCCUUUCCUUAGUUGACGACAUCAAGAAGAAGGAGGUCAUGUACUUGAGUCUGGCUAGCUCGGGAGUUGUGUGGGAAUAUCGCAAAGUAAAAGGCAAGAAACACCGACCUUUCACCCACGCUCAGACAGAGAGUAUUGAGAAGUCUCACCAGGUGUACCAGAAUCAGAUAAAGGCAAUAGCUGAUGCUUCCUUCAUCCAGAGCAGUUUUGAGUUGGGUAAAGCCCUGGAGGUUGACUUUUCUACCAUGACGUGCAGUAAACCAUUCAAGCGAAAAAUUCGUCGAACAUUCCAGCCUGGCGUUUGGUUCCAGUUCAAAACAUCUCCUCACCAGAAACAGAUACACCUCAAAGUUAACAGUGUGCAGAUAGACAACCAGAUGGUGGAUGUGAUGUUCCCAGUGGUUCUGGCAAGAGUCCCACCUCCCCGUAGUGUGAUGGCUGACACUGUGGCCAAGCCGUUCUGUGAGGUGAGCAUCUACCAGAGGCUGACUUCCCCGUUAUUCGCACAAUACAAGUACCUGGCCGUAUUGAUACAAGAGUUCCACGUGAAGGUCGAGUUGCCAUUUGUGUUCGCCAUCAUGGAGAUUGUUAGCCCAGUUAAUGAGAUGUCUCCAGACCUUUACUCGGUAGAGAAAUAUGAAAAUGAUGUUGGCAUUAUCCAUGAGACUUUGACCACAACAGUGAAGAGUCAAUCAGCCGGGGGCCAGAGGGACUUCUUUGAUCAUCUCCAUCUUUCCCCAAUUAAGAUGCACUUGAGCUUCUCACUGAGCGGGACAGAGUCGGGUGCCGGUGUUCCUGUGGGAGGACAAGUGAUACAUCUCUUCUUACAGAGUGUUGGUGUCACACUUACUGAGGUCCAGGAUGUUGUGUUCAGACUGGCCUACAUGGAACGCCUCAACCAGUGGAUGAAUUGGAAUCAGUUGGUGCAGGAGAUGAUCGUUCAUUAUCGCGGACAAGUGAUUAAGCAGCUCUAUGUGUUGGUGCUUGGGCUUGAUGUUAUUGGCAACCCAUUUGGCCUGGUAGUGGGACUGACCAAAGGAGUUGAGGAUUUGUUCUAUGAGCCCAUUCAGGGAGCAAUUGAAGGCCCUGGAGAGUUUGCUGAGGGGAUGUUGUUGGGUGUGGCCAGCUUUAUGGGCAAGACUGUGGGGGGCGCUGCUGGUGCUGUCUCCCGCAUCACAGGAACCAUUGGGAAAGGUGUAGCGGCUCUGACCUUGGAUGACGAGUACCAGAAGAGGCGACGGGAAGCAAUGCACCGCAAACCUGCUGAUGGCAUUGAGAGUCUGGCCAGAGGAGGAAAAGGCAUUGUUACGGGAGUUGUUGACGGUGUGACAGGAGUGUUCAUGAAACCCAUCGAUGGAGCAAAGGAGGAAGGUUUUGAGGGCUUCUUCAAGGGGGUAGGCAAGGGCAUGGUGGGCCUGGUAACUCGCCCGGCCUCUGGGGUCAUAGACUUUGCCAGCGGAUCUUUCGAUGCAGUCAUGAGAGCUGCUGAUGCUACUGAAGAAAUAGAGCGACGUCGUCCAGCGAGAUUCAUUGACGCCGAUGGGGUUGUUGGACCAUAUGUGAAUAGCUUUGCCCUGGGAGCCAAGAUGUUACUGGAGUUGGAGAAAGGACGAUAUGCAAAGACGGAUUUAUACGUGGCUCAUGCCCACCUGACUGCUAGCAAAUCUAUACUGAUAGCCACAAAUAAGAGAAUCAUGCAAGUUACACGCAAUGAUAUCUUAGGCAGCCUCAAGGUUGACUGGGUGCACUGCUACGAAGAACUCUCAGAGACACCUGUUCUCACCCCCAAGGGUCUGCGCCUCUCUGUAAAACAGGAGAAGAAGCGGAUGCUCGGUGUGUUUGGCGGAGGAGACAACUCAAAAAUAGUUCAUAUAAAUUCUAAUGAACAGGCAGAAUGGUUCCUGUCUGCCAUGACCAAAGCUUACCUAAAGAUGGGUCAGUGAAUCAGCACAACCUCUUAAGACUUCAGACCAGAUGCCCACCAGAAUCACAGAGAUGUGGUCAUAUAAGAACUGCACCUCAUAAAGGGAUGAGGCUUAACCCUUAAAUGGUGGCCAUCGUCAGUGGAAGGUAGGGACGGCAACCAUCAUCUGUGGAAAUUUAAUGUUACCUGCUUUCCAUUUUUGCACACAUGGUUGAGGAGGGAGAAGUUAAAUCCUUCGCUGCCAAUUAAGGGUUAAAUGAGGUGCACAUACCACACUAACUUAAUGAAGCAUUAGACUUGUGUGAUGUGUGGUGCACCACAUUAGCACAAUAAAAGUAGAGGUAAGUGUGAUGUGCAUCUUUGAUUGUAUCACCUACAAAAAAUAUCAUGUUUUUUGUGAUAACAUGGCAAGGAUUGAUAUUAUGUUAUGAAUGGAUAUAGAACUGUAAAAUGUUAAUGGCUGUAUACAGUAGAAGAUGCCUGAAAUAAUUAAGAUCAAGCAUGAAGUCAUGUCUUAAUUUAACUGAGAACUCACUUCAUUUAGAGAUUAUGAAUAAGGUGCAGUAGCUAGUAGGAUAAUUUACCAUAGUUGUUUCUAUUUCUGAGAAUGACCAAAUAGUAAAUUUUUAAAGUCUCCUAAAUAUAGAUAGUGCAGUGUAGAUGAAGCGUUCACUGCCUUUGCUGUAAGUUUCAUGCACAUGGUAAUCAUUGUACUUCAUCCUCAUCAUUAUUGAUCUUGCCAGAAGCCUUCAUAUGAGCCGUCCCAAAAUAUUUAUUGCAUCUGGGAGUCUGGAGUGGUUGUGCACAAGAAAUAAUAUACCUGUAAUUAAGCUGUGUUGUUAAGUGUUAGCCAAACUCGAUCCAUCUCAUCACAUCCUAUCCUUACCCAGCCCAACUGUGAACUAAGCCUAAAAUAUGUAAAUUAUUGUGUUAAAUCAAAAUGGACAUGUUUUGUGGGAUACACUUGUCAUGGUCACAUACAAGUCAAGGGAACACGUUCCUGUAGUAGUUAUGAUUGUCUAAGAAACUUUUCGCUUCAGCCAGCACAUUACUGGUCAGCCAACAGAGUAAAAUUUUGUCGUGUUCCUCUGCACUCCUUUUGGGCAAACUUUGUGAGGAAAUCUUUCACAUCAAGCUUUCCAGUAGUACUAAAGGUGCCAAAUUUAUUAAUGCAUUUGACAGGUCUUGCAUAGUGCAUUGUGAUAGUUAUAACUUUAUUUAUGUGUUUAAAAUUAAGAAAAUUAUGCAAGCAGUUUUUAUAAAUAGGAUAUUGUUUAAAUCAAAUUGAUGUAUUAACUUUUAGAUCUAUGAAAUCCUGAAAAUUAUGCAAAAUUUCCUCAAAGCAGAAUAAGUGUUAAGUAAUCCAGUGUGAGCGAUGACACACUUUAAGUGAAGAAGACUUGUUAGGUGCUGCUAUGUAUCAUCAUUUUGAUUCACUCCGAUUUUUAUCCUUUAACUAAUAAAUCAACAGAGUUUUCUGACUGUUUUGCUGCACUACACAUUGUAAUCAUUUUAAUCACCCUAAGACUUAUUAUGAUUUAAUUUUGUUGUGAUCAUUCAGCCCAAUGUGCACCUUUUCUCACAUGAUUGAUGGAGGUUUUCUGUGCACCAAAUUCUUUUUCCCCCAGGUGUGGCUAAACACAGCUGGUCACUCAUUUUCUGCCAUUAGCAAACAUUGUCAACCAUUUAUCGAAAAACAGCUUUAGACUUUUAAAAUUUUUGUUAGAAAUUAAUAUAACUUUGUCUUUCUACAAAUACAUGCUUUUAAAGUUUAUAAUGGUGUAUGGAAUAUCAUGUAUCAAGGAACCUGUUUGUGUAUGUUUGUUUCAUACACACCUACUUGUCAUACACACCUACUUGUGUUUUGUAGGUUCAAACGACAUGUUUAUACAAUAUACUAUAGGUGUAAAGCUUUCUGUCUCACUCACUCAAACACAAGGUUCACAUUUUAGUUUCUUGGAGUUGCCCAUUUGUUUAUACUAGAAACAUUAACCAUUAGCACCCACACAGGGUUUGUAAAGUAAACAAAACAAAAGUUCUACACCAGCACAAUAAAGUCUUCAACUUUUCUCUGUAACAUUAGAGUUCAUUAAGUUUUUUACAUCACUUCUUUUUUGCCGUAUAUUUUGAAUGAGAGCCAAAUUCUUGUUAGUUAAGGGAAGGUUAUUAGGUCACUUGGCUGAUACUGAGGCUCAUAAAAUAACUAGAUUUUCUUCCUCAAAGUCAACAGAUUAUUUUGAACCAGUGUGUUGGACUGAUCAAAAUACCUAUUUAUCAGACACAACAUCCAGUAGGAGGCUCAGAGGGUUAAGUACUGUGGUAGUUGUUGUGGUGAUGGGAACCUGGUUAGGCUAUACAGGAAACAAAAAAAUAGUUGGGUAUAUUUUAACAUCCAAAAAUAACUACAAUUCACUUCCAUUUACUCUGUCGUCCAUGUUUUGUUUUAUAUCUUGAUGCCAGAUGGUAUUGAUAUAGCUAACAUUUUGCUUAAUGAACAAAAACUUCUUGAUUGUCCAGCCUAUUCUAUUUCUAUGACAUUUAUCAUCUUUAAUGUUGAGUUCUUGUUUGACAGCCUUGUGGAAAAAAAAAUGUACAUCAUAUUAUUAAAACACUGGCAUCACACUGUAAAAACUUAUUAAAACUGGCUUCACACUGUACAUACAGCAGCUAAAAAAAAAGUAUCUGUGCAUACAUUGUGUGAAACAAUAUGAGACCACGGACGAUAGGUGUUGGGAUAUGCAUGCUGCCUCCUUAUACUAUGUGAUCGUAAUCACUUGACUAUAUUUUAUUCCUAUUUGUCAACUCGCCCUCUGUGUUGGAUACUGAAUGACGGUGGGUGAAGACACUCAUACCAACCUUCCCAAGAAAUCAUGAGUUGUACGUAUAAUUUCGGAAGUCAUCGGACCCACCCUGUCAGAUACUUUUUUUUAGCUACUGUACAUAUUAAAAUCAAUGGCCUCGAGCUGUACCUAAGAUUCAUCAUCAUCAAUGAUUCACUAUGGCAUUAUUGACCUCAGAAUGGGAUUAGUUAUUAAAACAAUGAUCAGUACAGUAGUUAAAAUAUGGCCCUAGGCUGGUCUUGGUUUAUUAAACAAUGGUUACAGCCCCCUGAGAAACCAUUGCUGUACAAAAAAGUAUUAUUCCUAUUUUGAUGGUUCAUUGGACACAUUUACAUCUUGGCAAACUGGGUGAUCUUAUCACACAUUUGUCAGUCUUCCACAGUCAUUUACCAUUUGUUCUUUUUAUUAUGUGUGUGUCUAGCAUUGUAUCCACACUUCACCAUUUUAUGUGUCCAAGAACUUGUUGGUUGUGUUAUGGAGAGGCAUUAUCCACACAAUAACUUCAUUUUUGUUUAACUGAUCUUGAUCAAAUGUUAUAAAAAUGUUGCUUGUAGGAUAGUAGACGUCGGUUUGGAUGACCCACGAUGGGUGUAUUUCUGGUGAUAUUUCUCUUCCACUCUCCAGUUAUUUCAUUAAUUAUACUCUCCUAUUAACUAUGACACAUCAACACCGGCUGUUUCAUAGGGUUGAUGACAAAAGCUUUGAGGAGAAUUGUCCACCAAAUGCUGAGUGUUCAAUAUUCUCUGCACUGAACCUCAGGAGGACAGUAAUCAAUAUAUCUCUAGAUGAAGAAUUAGGAAAGCAAAUUACAUCAUAACACAACACAAACGAUGACAUUUAUUUAUACUGACAGUUUACCGAGGAAUACUAUAUUGAUUAUUAUACUAUAGGGUCUUGUUUUGUUUUGUUUUUCUUAGAACAAACUUUUUUAAUAUUCAAUAUUUUGCUAGUUGUACUUUUAAAAAGGGGAGCACUGCAUACUUGUCCUAUCCUCUGCAUAUUGAGCAAAGGAGACCGAGUCACUCUUUUAGUAAAUUAAUUAUUACAUUUAACCAUUUAUUUGAAAUUAAAAGUUUCAAAACAGGUUAACGGUUACAGAUCUUAUUGUUAUUGUUCAUUUUGUGUUUACAUUCAUGAUCAUCCAGACUUGUGGUCCUUAUACAGUAUUUCAUACAUUAGUUUUAAUAAAACAUUGAAGAUUUAUUAACAAAUUUGUACAGUACACGAGUACUGUAGUAAUGAAUAUUACAGGUACAGUAGGUUGUGAGUGUUGGGAAACAGAGAUGCUGCCUAACACCUGAAAAUUUUAAUUUCUUUGAGACUACAGCAGCCAAUUUUAUUUUAAUAUUUCGAACAAUGUUCAUAAUAAGCAAAAAUUUAACUUGGGAAACAAAACAAUGUUUUGUUGUUUGAUAUAUUUUCUAUUUAUAACGUGUAAAGGGUAAUUCCAAAAGUAGCUGAAGAAAGAAAAGAAAUAAUUAGCUUAAAAAUACCAUAAGAGGUGUGAAGAUGAGGUCCAUCCUACAGUGUAUAAGAACUUCUCAGACCAUGUUAGGCUGUCUUAAAUGGUAGUGAAGAUAUGGCCAGGUUACUGGGAUUUGGCCAACUUGUAAUUAUCUGGUCCCCGGCCUGGGGAGUCAAAUAUGAUAUCUGGUACAUCGCUACUGUUAUGUUUCCAAUACUUGAAGAUAUUAAGAGAACUGUGGGAAAAACUAAAGUAUAAGUUUGGUAUUAUUUUAUUUUCUCUACAUGAACAUUUUUGAUGGUGUUUCUGGAUUCUCAAGGGUUUUUAUGAUAAGAUUUCCCAGUUAAUUACAAUUGUAUAACAUCUGUAACUAGUUAUGUUGACCUAUGACAAAAAGAUGGUGUCUUAACCCUUACCCUUUGGGAAUGGGGAUGACAACUUGUGCUUAUUUUGACUGUGUCUGUUGUGGGAUACUGUAUAUCCGAAAAGGGUUACCCGGUAAACAGCGGCCAUAAUGUGGAAAAUUCACAUCCAUCGCAUUUCAUAAGGGGGGGGAUCUUAACAGUUGUUAAGGACUGAAUGACAUUGAAUCUUCACAUAAGUCUUUGAGGAUCUUGAACCAUGUUACGUUAGCUGUUUAAGUUGUUUGCAAAGUUUUAUUUUAUAAUGAAUGAAGGACUGUACUGUACUGUACAGCAUUUAUGAACUAAUUUACAGAUUUUAGUUCUCAUUAUUUUCAUGCUACAGUUCAGCCUCUUGUUCUUAAGUUUAUAUUUUUUCUGGUUUGUACGUCAUAUUUUAUAAUAUUGUUAUACCUGUAUAUGAAAACGGCUCUAAGUAGAAGAUUUUUAUGCUUAAUUAGGUACUAGUAGUUCACUUUUACAUGUUAGUAAGUUCUACAUAUGUUACAGUUUUUAAGUACUGUAUUACCAAACAUGACAUUCCAGUAACAUUAGUCAGGCCUUGAUUAGGUUUUUUUUCCAGAUUAAGAAUAACCAGCUCAUCUUAUUGACUUUAUGAAGGUAGCUUGUAAGGGAACAUUCUGAUAAUGUCUUCAUGGGUAGAUCCAGAUUCAGUGUACAGUACUGUAGUUGUAGUAAAGCUGAAGACCUCUUUGUCAAGUUAAACUAAACCCAAAGUACUUAACAGGUUGUACUUAUGCCUAAUAACCACCAAUAUCAAGUAACUACAAACUACUACCUAUGUCACAAAUAAUGGACAAUAACUCCUAUAAUAUUAAGUACAGGUUGGGUAUCCCUUAUCCAAAAUGCUUGGGCCCUUAAGGGUCUCGGAUUUGGAAUAUUUUAGGAUUUUGGAAUACUGUACCUAUAUCCUGUAUACAGAACUUGUAUAAUGCAGUAGCUCACCCAGCAGGGAUGGGGCCCAAGUCUAUGCACAAAAUUCAUUUAUAUUUCAUUUACUGACUAUAGAUACAUAUAUUCUGUAGGUAGUUUUAUGAAAGAUAAUUGAAUCAUUUUGGGUAUAAAAUUUAUGAUAAGAUGUACACUAAAGAAUCAGAAAGGUAAGCAAUCACUACCGUCUGUUUGGCAUCGCAAUGAUACCUGACUCCGAGGUGCUAAGCAACCUGUGUCGUAACUUUAUUCAUUACACAUACUGUACAUAUUUACCCUAGUAAAAAUUAUGAUAAUGCCAUAUUCAGUGUAUUCUCUACCAUAUAUAUAAUGAAAUAGACUCACAUUUCAGAGCAUUUUGGAUUAGGGAAUUUUGGAUAAGAGAUACCCAACCUGUACUAAUAAUUAUAACUAUCACAACUAGUUAUCAAUAAUUGCCAGUAUUAUAAAUAGCUAAAUACCAAUAGUUACUAAUACGUAUAACAAAUAAUUACUAAAACCACAAAUAAUGCAGUUAUCACAAAUAUUUAGCAAUAGUUUCAUCUUGCAUUACUUGUUUACAGGUCAGUCACUCAUCUACAACUUACUAUCAUCCCAUUUCAUAAACUGUAUCGGGUAGAUUAAUGGGAGUAAUGCUGGGUAUCCAUAAAUUAUUGGACAUAUUUUACAACUUAAUAACCUCAAUUAUAUUACAGACAGAACAUGGUGCACAUGUGGCAGUCUACUAAUAAAAGAAAACAAUUAUAUGUUUGUCAAGUAAAUGUACUAUAAAACCACCAUGUUCUGUUUGUGAUGUUUUUGAGGGAAUUAAGUUUCAAAAUUUGUCAGAUAAUUUAUGCACACUACAAAAAUAUAUUUCUUAAAUAAAAAAAAAAUACAGUACCUGUAGUCCUUUAUGAGGUUACAAUUUAAUCUGAGGAAACAUAAUGAACUUAAGAAUAAUACAAUAUAAAAUUUAGGAUUUAAGGAUACAUUACUAUUGUUUAAGAACUGCAGUGAAUCAAAACAGAACUUGCAGAUCAAUUAUUACUAAGCUAUGUUGAACUUAUGAAUAGUACAAGAAUAUAGUUUUGAAUACUAAUUUUUUAAUUACGAGGAAAAAGUAUCAGCAUAAGGGGAGAAAAGAUAUAAAUGUGGUGUGAUAGUCAGCUGAGAUCAUUGCAUCAUUAGGUGUGUGUUAGUUAGAAAUAUAAUUCAUUAGUCAUUCACAACUUUGUAAAACUAUUUUAAGUACGGUAGUUCAGUUGAAAGCGGAUUAAUGUAUUACUGUAUCUUUUGUUUUUGCACGCUUUUUUUUUGUCAUGCAAGAUGUUUUAUUAAACAAUAUAAUUUUCA